ACUUAGCAGUGUUUCACAAAGUUUGCUUAUUUAUUUGAUCAAUCAAAUUUAUAUUAAAAUCCCAACAACGUACGACAUAGUCUCGAGUCUCUAUGAUGAUAUGGAGGUAGACGAAAAUCGAUGCUUAGAAUGAGCCCAGCUAAAACAGAAACAAGAAGAGGAUGCGUCCGACCACCACAUUUCGAUAUAUUAUGGCUUCCGAAAGCGGCUAUAAAGUCGAUGGAGGGCGAUUCUUCAGACUGCGUCUUAGUGGUCGGAGUAUCUCGACCGAAAAUGGCUCUCGCAAUACUCACCAUUAUGCUGAUCUCACUCUUCUUCACCUUUCAUUUGAUAUACGACAGUGCCCUUAACAGUCUACAAACAAAACAAGUCGAGCAUUCGAGGCCUCCAGUUCUUUUACUUUCCAGACGGCUAUAUCCAGCUGCAGCCAGAAGGCUACCGCAGGCAAUUAUCAUGGGUGUACGAAAAUGUGGCACAAGAGCACUUCUAGAAAUGCUUUACCUACAUCCUAUGAUCCAAAAAGCGGCGGGAGAAAUACAUUUCUUUGACAGGGAUGAAAACUACUUCAAAGGUCUGGAAUGGUACCGAAUGCAGAUGCCUCAUUCUUAUCCUGGACAAAUUACUAUCGAGAAGAGUCCAAGUUAUUUUGUUACACCAGAGGUCCCCGAACGCAUCCGAGCCAUGAACUCUAGUAUAAAACUUCUUCUGAUUGUUCGAGAACCGGUCACCAGAGCUAUCUCCGACUAUACUCAACUCCGGGCAAAUGCGGCCACCGCAUCUCCAUCUUUACCGAACCAACCAGCGAAGUCGUUCGAGCAAAUGGCACUUUUUGCGAACGGAUCCAUCAAUGAAUCAUACAGACCAUUGACGAUUUCCAUCUACCACAACUACAUUCACAGAUGGCUGGAGGCGUUUUCCAGAGACCAACUGCUCAUCGUCAAUGGAGAUUUGUUGAUUGAAGAUCCCGUGAGCCAGAUUCAGAAGAUAGAAAGAUUUUUGGGACUUGAACCGAGGAUAGGCACACAUAAUUUUUAUUUUAAUGAGACAAAGGGAUUUUAUUGUCUAAGAAAUGAAACUUCUGACAGAUGUCUAAGGGAAACUAAGGGAAGGAAACACCCAAGAGUCGACCCCGAGGUAAUAUCACGACUCAGAAAGUACUUUGGGGAACACAAUCAGAAAUUCUACGAACUGAUUGGUGAAGACCUUGGAUGGCCUGAAGAAUAAUGUUUCGUCUACCUUUAGAUUAGUUAAAUUCAUUAAAUCAAUUUCGAAGGUAAAUAUUUAAAACAUACUUUAUUUCAUUAGUUUUUUUGUCAACAAAUUUGUAAAAAAUAUUUUUAACCGCGUGACAAAAGGGAUUUGUAAAUGAAAAGUUUAUGGACGUAAGAUUUUUAAUAUUAAGUUUUAAUCAUUUACCUUCUUUAUGUUUUUGAUUUAAGGCAUAUAUUAGCCGGGUGUCUUUUUUGCUAUUAUUUGAGUGUUUAUCAUUGAUUAUAGAAAUGCAAAACAGAAUCAUAAGAAUGUAUAACAAAAAUGGAAUACAAAAGCGGAAGCCUAAUCGAGGCAGUUUUCACCUUUAUUUAAUACUUUUUUAUUGUUUACUGUAGUCCUGGCAAAACGUGUCGCCAAAAUUCAUAUAUAAUACAAUAGUUACACAACACUAUUAACCAAUAACUACAAAUAAUUGUGCAGCACAUCAAGCUAUGCCAUAUACUGUACAAUUGCUGUACAAUAAUUGUAAAUUUGUAUUUCAAUUAUCUUGAGAUUAUAAUAGCAGGCAAGCCUAUGAUAUUUUGCAUUAAAAUAAUUCAAUGAAAAAUACUGAAAAAAUAAACACUUGCUUUGGUUAUAAAGAUUUGAUCAUUGAACAUUUUUGAAAAUUGGCAACUUUACUAUUGUUUAAUUCCCUGUGCUCAAUUAUUAUAAAUUGGAGAUUUACAGAGUGUCGUAGGAAAGCCGCAAUAAUUUUUUAAUAGUAAAGUGAACACUUAUGGUUUUAUCAAAAAAUUAAUUUUACACAGCAUACCUUGUUAACAGAAAUAGAAAAGUAUUUUUAUAUAAGAUUUUACAAUAAAAUAUACACGUUUUGUUAUUAAGAAAUCGUGCUUUAUCUUCUUUACAUUUGAUAGUUUGAAUAUUAGCUUAAGUUUUGCCUACGUUUUUAAAAGAUAACGCUAAGAUUCUGCUUGCGACUCUCUUAUCCGCCUAAGAAUGCCCAUUCCUGCAUGGUGUAUUUGUUGUUCUUUUAACAGAUCAACAUAUUUGGUAUAAAUCGUAUUAGUUUAGAACUAUUUACACUACUUACUUCCUUUUAUUUCAUAGAUUUUACGUUUCUCCAUAAAACUUUACUUCACGCAUCCUCCACAUUUUUCAUAAUGAAUUCUAACUGUUAAAAACAUAUUUUUCAAGAGCUUACCUCUACUAAUAUGUUUUGGAUUAAUUAUUUUUCAGUGUUUCUCAUUAUCAACUUUUUAAUCCCUAACUAUCAAAAAACAAGCAAGAUAAAUAUUGACGAAUAUUGAACAAAACUUCAAGCAUAACCUCAAAUGAGAGUCCCAAUAAAUAUUGUUAAAAUGUAAAAUCUAGUUUUGUCUAUAACCAUUUAUUAAUAAGAUGAAAUCUGGUCUGCACCAAUAUCUACGUAAUAUUUGUGGCUCUAGUAUAAGAAAAAAAAUGCUAUGGGCUCAAAAAAAGGGCUCAAUUUACAAAGAGAAACGCGAAAAUUUUAUAAAAAUGUGAACCACAACAAAAAAGAAUUUAAACCUAGAUUAACCAUAAAAUAAGUAAGGAAGCCCAAAUUAUCAAUGACAUAAAUGAUCACAAUGGAGACGUACACGAUGAGAGGGAAAAAAAUAAUAGACCAACAGAAGAAGAAGUGUCCAAGGCAAUAAAAAGGUUAAAAAACAACAAGUCCCCUGAAGAAGAUGGUAUACCCCCUGAGCUGUUCAAGUAUAGAGCAAACGCGCUAAAAAAUACAUAAUAAAACUUCAUCCAUUUGGAGAGAAGGAAAACUCCCAGGAGUUUUGGAGUUGGAAAGUUGGAAUGUAGUUCACAAGAAAGCGGAUCCGCUAAUAUGUGACAAUUAUCUUAUAUAUAAAUAUAUAUAUAUAUAUAUAUAUAUACUGGCUUAUAUACUUACUUUAUUAUCGUUUACUAGUAUAUACUGAGGAAAAAUAGGCAAAUACCAAUAUGGAUUCCGAAAAGAAAGGUCAACAAUUGAUCAGAUUUUCCUUCUCAGACAAACCUUAGAAAAGACAUAUGAAUAUGGAAUUGAUACCCACCACCUCUUCAUAUAUUUUAAAAGCGCUUGCUUAUGACAGUGUAGACAGAAGCGCACUUUAUAACGCCAUGGUAGAACUAGAUAUUCCGUCACAUCUAAUAACAACGGUAAAGGCAACUCGUUUGAAAGUUGAGUGCAAAGUCAAGAUACAAAACAGAGUGUCAAGGUCUUUAAAACAGAUACUGAUUACGCCAGUAAUCCAGUUAUCCAGUAUGUAAUAACGGAUAUAGUCUAUCGUGCCUACUGUUUAACAUCGCGCGAGAAAGAGCCAUAGAGACAUAGGGCAUAACAACCAGAGGUACGAUCAUUAAUAGAAGUGUACAGAUAUUGGCCUACGCAGAUGACAUUGGCAUAGUAACACACAAAGAGAGACCUGAUACAGGCUUUUGAAAUAUUAUAAAAAGCCUCGAAGACAAUGGGACUGCAGAUCAAUGUAUUCAAAACAAAAUACAUGAAGGGCACGAACAGCACAAAAAUAGCGGCACCACAAGAUCUGGUGACAGAAGCACACACAUUCGAGGGGGUCUCGGCGUUUAUAUAUCUUGGAACACAACUAAAUAAUAGCAACCUAGUAAGCGUAGAAAUUAAAAGAAGAAUAUACCUAUAGAACAGAGCUUAUUUUGAAAUAAAGCAGUUCUUAACAUCACACAUAAUUAGCAGAAAAACCAAGAUAUCAAGAAAGGAAAAUACUUAAGUACAUAUACGAAGGAAUACAAGAAAGCGGGAUAUCGCGCAGGCGCUACAAUUUUGAGUUGUAUCAAUACUAUGAAAAAUGCAACAUCGUCCGGUUUAUUAAAAUUAAUGUCUAAGGUGGCUAGGACACCUUAAAAGAAUGGACACUGAAGACCCAAAAAGACAGAUAUUAUAUCAAGAGCCAGUAGGAACUAGGAAGAGAGACAGGCCAAGAUCUAUAUUUAAAAUUAAAGUAAAGAUGACUUGAGGAAUCUAGGGGUCAGAAAUUGGAAAGCCAGGGCGAAAUAAAGGGAGGAAUGGAGACUAAUUCUUGAACAGACCAAAACCCACCCAGGGUUGUAGAGCCAAAGAUAAUGAUGAUGGUGAUGACUGAAAUCAAAAGGCAGAAUUGAGGAUCCCCAACAGUCUAUAUACACAAGUAGAAUCACAACCAACAAUAUAUUAAAGUUACAACUCUGGUGCUCCAAUUCUUAAUGUCCUCGUAAGCAUCAGUUCAUGUUUAUACAAUCAAAUGUUUGUACAGUCUUUAUAUUGAAAAUGAUAGAUGCAUUAAUGUCACUUACUGACAUUAAUUUGGUAAUUGGCAGGAUUGCAUUAUUUUAAAAGUAAAUUCUUGAUAGCUCGGCGUAAGAAAAGUGCUCCAUGUAUGCUCAACUACUAAUUAAAAAUUUUAGCAAUUUAUACAAAAUUAUUCAAAAAAUUAAUCAUAUAGUCAGCAAUGCAUUUGUUUAGUUUAAUAAAUAAAUAUAUUUUUGAAACAUAUUAUCUUAAAUUGUCUAUGCUGGGUACUUCGCUAAAAUACAUUAUGAAUAAUUUAAAAGUUUGUACCAGUAUAAAGACAUUCUCUUAAUGUUAAUAAAGGCUCCAUCGACACUCUGUAGAUCAUUUAUUUUCAUUUGCUUCAGAACUGAAGGUCACUUUAUUAUAGUACAGAAUUGGCACAACGUAGAUGUAAAACACACUGUGAUAACAUCCACAUAUCAUAGAGCGAUAUUUAUCAAAAACUCUCGUUGUUUUGGAGCAAAUGACUUUUGAAAAGUGAAAAAUUAUUAACUUAUACAUAUCAUCAAAUGGAUAAAAAAUACGAAUUAUAUUUAAGAUUAUUUCUAUUACUUAAUGGAAAUAAAAUGUCAUAUUCGUGGACCCGGUUUUUGAGUUGGAUCAUAUUGAUCAGUGCCUUAUUUGAUUUUAAUUUUUUGUAGUCCACAUUGGAACUAAAGUGAAGGAUAUUUUUUUAUUCACGAAUAGUAUACGUAUUAAUAUUUAUUUUAAAAUUGUUAAAUAUUACUCAAUAAUUGUAGAAUAUGGUGUUUAUUAUGGUGCUUUAAUGUCUAAGGUACUUUAAGAUUAUAUAUUUGUAUCACACCAUCUGCCGCAUAAGAUUCUUUUCAUCGCUGUACUCUUUUUUCAUAAUCGCAGAUUGUUGUAUAAUAAUUAUUUUUAUAUGUACCAUAAAUAUAUUUUUUACGAUCC